GACGAAGCCCGCUUGAGAUAAUAUCCAGAGGCUGGCAGCGUAUUAUCUUCCUUCACAUCGCUUCAUUUCAUUUAUCCCCAUCUUUACUCUCUGCUUCAGUUUUGGGUUUCUCUUCUCGCUGCAGAGUGGCAUUUUUACUGGAUGAGGUGCUAUUCUAUCAAUGACACGCCUGUCCGGGUCCAUAUCCUCACCAUCACCGUCUUUAACUUAUGUUUCCGAUCGAUGGUGAACGCCCAUUUGUACUAAUGGCGCUCCUAUCAGCGGCAAAGCUUGUCAUCCUCAUCGGCGUCUUUUGCUUCGUUGUCGCCGUCGAAGGCCGUCCCGAUGUUCACCAUCACUUUGGUUUCCCCGACCCCAGCCAGGGGGCACCCUCAGCGCCUGUCGCUCAAGAAGCACCUGGCAACGACCGCGUGUCCAAGUACUACCUACACGUCCAUGGAAUCAUCGCUGCCCUCGCCUUCGUCAUCCUUUUCCCUCUCGGUUCCAUCCUCAUUCGCUUGCUUCCAGGCCGUUUGGCCCUCCUCGGGCAUGCUACUUGGCAGCUCUCUACGCUAAUCGUUUAUCUGGCCGCCGUUGGGCUCGGUAUUCACCUUAUCAAACGAAGUCCUAACACGAUGAGCCUUGGGCGCUUGAACUACCACCCAAUUAUCGGCAUCUUUAUUCUCGCCCUCCUGUUCAUCCAACCCUUGGUGGGCAUUUUCCACCACAAGGAAUACAAAGUCAAUCGUCGCCGCGGAGUCUGGUCAGCCCUCCACCUCAUACUGGGAAGGGUUGCCAUUACUGUUGGAAUGAUCAAUGGCUAUAUAGGCUUAAUCGCAAUGGACGAUACACAAACGAAAGUCAAGGCAAUCUACGUUGCUAUCGCGCUGGCAAUCUGGCUCCUAUGGACCGCCAUGUCGAUAUGGUGGGAGUGGAAGAGGCAUAGGAGAGAGAGGGCAGAAAAGGAAAUGGAGCGUGCCCUGGCCGAAGACGGGACAGGAGUUGGAGCCGACCGCGGAAUGAAUGGGAUGGGGAACAGAAGCCCGGUGAAUGACCAGAGCGACACAAGGGCGAAGGAAGCACUCAGGAAGGCUAAGAGGUCAAGAGGUUGACGUUAAUAAGGUUUGAUGUCGAGUUGAUGGUGUGACAAGUCCGUGUUGUUGGAGAUGGUUGGAGUCUUGCCCUUUUAAUAUCCUCGAAGGAGUCUUGGUAUUGUACGUCCCGUAUCCUCUACAGGAACAGUCGAUAAAAAUAGCUUUAAGAAUAAUUGUUAUCCACCGAAUAGGAAUAUCUCUCACCGGGCCAUUCCGUGAAGAUCACUGUUGUUGUGUACGAUCUUCAGCCCGCCACAUUUCGCCUAGUUAAAUUACUUCAUUUGCUUCAUCGCACCAUCCGACUUGGUCUCGUCCCCUUGUGGGC